AUGGGACGUAGGAUACGUGUACAGCGUAAAGGACCGGGUGGUAUUUUUAAAGCCCAUAACAAACACCGGAAGGGAGCAGCUAAGUUACGACCAGUCGAUUAUGCGGAGCGACAUGGUUACAUUAAGGGGGUGGUGAAAACCAUUAUGCAUGAUCCAGGACGUGGAGCUCCACUUGCACUUGUCGAAUUUCGUGAUCCUUAUCGGUAUAAAAUUUUGAAGAGUACAAUGAUUGCCGCCGAGGGGAUGCAUACUGGACAAUUUAUUUAUUGUGGACGAAAAGCUCAAGUUCAAGUUGGUAACAUACUUCCACUUUCCGAAUUACCUGAAGGAACUACUGUCUGCAAUUUAGAAGAAAAGACUGGUGAUCGUGGCCGUCUUGCACGUACCUCAGGCAAUUAUGCCACUGUUGUUGCACACAAUCCAGAAACUAAGAAAACUCGUGUUCGUUUGCCUUCUGGCGCAAAGAAAGUCUUGGAUUCUUCAAACAGAGCAAUGAUCGGUAUUGUCGCAGGUGGUGGUAGAACAGACAAACCACUGUUGAAAGCAGGAAAUGCAUAUCACAAAUACAAGGCUAAGCGCAACUGUUGGCCAACAGUACGUGGUGUUGCAAUGAAUCCUGUAGAACAUCCUCAUGGUGGUGGUAACCACCAACACAUUGGUCAUCCGUCAACCGUGAAGCGUGGAACAAGUGCUGGACGUAAAGUAGGUCUUAUUGCGGCACGCAGAACCGGCAGAAUUCGUGGUGGCAAGCCAGAAAAACACGGAAAGGAAGAAACAGUUUAA